AUGGGGCUUCCUAAAGCCUGUGUCUCUGCUGUGCUUUUGAUGCUGUUUGCUCUGGAGGCCUGUGCCCUUGCCUCCGACACCUUCAUUGCAGCCGUCUACGAGCACGCGGUCAUCCUGCCAGAUGUGACUGAUGACCCCGUUUCUCCCAAUGAUGCUUUGGCCCUGAUGAACAAAAACAUGGAUGUCUUGGAAGGGGCCAUCAAGGAAGCCGCCCAGCAGGGCGCCCACAUCAUUGUGACUCCUGAAGACGGCAUUUACGGCUGGCGUUUCACAAGAGAAUCCAUCUACCCCUACCUGGAGGAUAUCCCUGAUCCGGCGGUGAACUGGAUUCCCUGCACCGACCCCACAAGAUUUGCUCCUGCUCCAGUGCAGGAACGACUCAGCUGCAUGGCCAGGAAUAACUCCAUCUACGUGGUUGCAAACAUCGGGGACAAGAAGCCAUGUAACUCCAGUGAUCCCAGCUGCCCCAGUGAUGGUCGCUAUCAGUACAACACUGACGUCGUCUUUGACCGGGAGGGGAAACUUGUGGCUCGUUACCACAAGUACAACCUUUUUAGAAGAGAAACUCAGUUUAAUUACCCUAAGGAGCCAGAAGCCAUCACCUUUGAGACCCCCUUUGGGAAGUUUGGCAUUUUCACGUGCUUCGACAUCCUUUUCUGGGAGCCUGCCGUGGUCCUGGUGAGCGAGUUACAGGUGGACACCGUGCUCUUCCCGACAGCUUGGAUGAACGUCCUGCCGUUUCUGACUGCGGUUGAGUUUCACUCUGCCUGGGCUAUGGGCAUGGGUGUCAAUUUGCUUUCAGCAAAUACUCACAACAUCAGCUUGGCAAUGACAGGCAGCGGGCUGUUCACGCCAGAGGGACCCGUCGCCUACCAUUACGACAGUGGGACAGAGGACGGACAUCUCCUGCUAGCGGAGCUGAGCACACACCCCCGUCUUUCUCCCACCUACCCUCCUGCCGUCAACUGGAGCUUGUAUGCCACAAGCAUCAAGAAAUUUCCAGGAGAAAAAGACACUUUUUCGGGAGCUGUCCGGCGGGAUAUAUUCACUUUCAGUGAACUCAGGCGAAAAGCUGGAAAUUACACGGUUUGCCAAAGAGACCUCUGCUGUCAUUUGAUCUAUCGGAUGUCAAACAAGAGCAAAGAUGAAAUUUAUGUCCUGGGUGCAUUUGAUGGGCUUCACGGUUCUCUCAUAAAAUACCAUUGGCAGAUAUGCACGCUGCUCAAGUGCAAGAGCACAGACCCGAACUCAUGCGGGCAGCCGGUGGAGACGGCUCAGACCAAGUUUGAGAUGUUCUCCCUCAGUGGCACCUUUGGCACCAACUACGUCUUUCCAGAAGUCUUGUACAGCGGGGUGCAGCUGGCUCCUGGGGAGUUCGAGGUUCUACGUGAUGGACGUUUGAAAAGCAAGCAUGGUACAUCGAAACCGCUCGUAACAGCGACGCUUUUUGGAAGGCUUUAUGAAAAGGACCUGCCGCAUCCUCUGCGAACCUCCCCAUAA